GAAUUUGGUCUUUCCGAUAAAGAUCGAUUUACCAUGUUAAGUGGUAUCGCUCAUGAUCCGAUUCAAAGGGAUAUUUUUACACCUUUAUUUCUCGGCGCUGAAUUACACGUUCCAACUAGUGAAGAUAUUGGUAUUCCUGGAAGAUUGGCUGAAUGGAUGGCUGAACAUGAAGUCACUAUUACACAUCUAACUCCUGGUAUUAUAUUACCCUCUCAAUUUGUUCCAAUGGGUCAAUUACUUUCUGCAAAUGCCACCACACCGAUUCCAACACUCCGAAAUGCAUUUUUCGUUGGUGACAUCCUAACAAAACGUGAUUGUAACCGACUUCAACAUUUAGCAUCAAACACUUGUAUUAUUAAUAUGUAUGGUACAACCGAAACACAACGAUCAGUUUCAUAUUUUCUAAUUCCAUCAUUAUCAUCUACCCCAACAUUUUUGGAAUCACAAAAAGAUAUUAUUCCAGCUGGUAAAGGUAUGCAAAAUGUACAAUUACUAGUGGUUAACAGGCGUAAUAAAAAUAUUUUAUGUGGUGUUGGUGAAAUUGGUGAAAUUUAUGUUCGAGCUGGUGGAUUAGCUGAAGGAUAUUUAAGAUUGGAUGAAGUUACAAACGAAAAAUUUUUAACAAAUUGGUUUAACGAGAAAAACGAAGAAAUGUUAAAGGAUGAUGAUAAUGAUAUGCAAGAAUGGAAACGUUUUUGGAAAGGAAAAAGAGAUAGGUUAUAUAAAACUGGGGAUUUAGGAAGAGUUGAUGAUCAAAUUAAAAUUCGUGGGUUCCGUAUUGAACUUGGAGAAAUCGACACUCAUCUAUCACAACAUCCACUUGUUAGAGAAAAUGUCACGUUAGUGAGGAGAGACAAAUAUGAAGAACAAACUCUCGUUUGUUAUUUUGUACCCCUUCAAGGUAGUGAAUUAGAAGGUUUUCUGAGCUCUGCCGAUGAAAGCGAUACCGUAGAUGUGGUUGAAAAACGAAAAUAUAGGAGACUUAUAAAACAAAUUAAAGAUUAUUUAAAGAUGAAGUUGCCUGCUUACAGUGUUCCAAGCGUAUUUGUUCCGUUGAAAAGAAUGCCAUUAACACCUAAUGGUAAAGUAGAUAAACAAGCAUUACCAUUCCCUGAUACCGCAAAAUUCGUAUCAACAUCUACAGCCGCAAAAAUUCAAAAAAUGUCACAAUCUGAACAAACAGUUCAUAAGAUUUGGACACAAUUACUUCCAAAUCCACCAACUCCAUUUAUUCCAUUAGAUGAAAAUUUCUUUGAUUUAGGAGGACAUUCAAUAUUAGCUACAAGAUUAAUCUUUGAAUUAAGAAAAACAAGUGGUGUAAAUAUUCCACUUGGAUUAGUAUUUGAAAAACCUACUAUUCGUGAGCAAGCUAAUGAAAUUGAUGUUGUUUUAAGAGGUGAACUUGAUUUUGUUGAUGAGAAUUCUGAAACUCAAACACCAGAUAAUAUUGCUUCAGUUCCUUGUUCAAUUAUUGAAAAAGGAUACGGAAAAUCUGAAAUAAAUUAUGCAAAUGAUGUAGAAAUAUUAGCAUCUAAAUAUUUAUUACAGAAUUAUUUACCAAUCCCAGAAAAUUAUCAAAGAAAAGUAUUUUUCGUUACAGGUGUAACAGGAUUUCUUG